AUGGUGACCGUGCUCAUCGUCGCCGUCGUCGUCACCUCCCUGAAGGUGGUGCUCCGCCCGGAGUCCCUGCGCCUCUCCGUCGUCGACGGCGUGGUGUACUCCACUCCGCAGCCGGCGAGCGAGGCGGUGACCCUGCAGCUCAACCUCCGGGCCGAGAACCCCAGCGGCGAAUUCAAUGAGAACUAA